AUGGCCCCAGCCCCAGUGGAAGUGGCGGAGCAGCCCGGGAGCGGCCCCAGGCGGGUCGUGUCCAUGGUUGCUAGGCUCCAGUAAACUGGCAGUGGUGUCCCUGGGACCUGCCUCCGAGAGCCACAACGGCAGCCUGGUGUCAGUUCUGUCCCUGACCUGCCUCCGACCCAGCUCAGCCAGCGCAUGGAGAACUCAUACUGCGGUGAGGUAAGACUCACUAGCCUGCUAGCAUGGAGAACUCAUACUGCCGGGAGGUAAGACCACUACCUCUCAUGGAAACUCUACUGGGGGAGGUAAGCUCAUACCGCUGCUGGAAAACUCAUCUCCCGGGAGGAAAGACUCACACCUCUAGCAUGGAAACCAUACUCCCGGAGGUAAGACUCCUCCUGCUAGAAAGGGAAAACACUCUGCAUAGGUAACUCCUACCUGCUACAUGGAGAACCAACUGCAUGAGGUAGACUCACUAGCCUGCUACAUGGAAAACCAUACCCCGGGGUUUAAGACCACUACCCCUUUUAGCAUGGAGAACACUACCAGGAGGAAAACCCUGCCUGCUACAUGGAGAACACUCUGCAGUGAGGUAACUCACAGCCUGCUGCAGGGAAACCUACUGCAGUGAGGUAAGACUCACUACCUCUAGCUGGAGAACACUACUGCUUUUGAGGUAACUCACUACCUGCUAGCAUGGAAACCAUCUGCAUGAUUAAGCUACAGCCUGCUACAAAAACCAUACUGCAGUGAGGUAAGCCACUACCCUCUGCAUGGAGAACCUACUGCAGUGAGGUAAACUCACUACGCUAGCAGGAGAACCCCAUACUCCCGGGGGGGGGUAAAGAUCCUACCGCUAGCUGGAAAACCUACUGCAGGAGGUAAGACUCACUAGCCUGCUAGCAUGGAGAACUCAUACUGCAGUGAGGUAAGACUCACUAGCCUCUGCAUGGGAAACCAUACUGCAGUAGGUAAGAUCACUAGCCGCUAGCAGGAAACCAUACUGCAGUAGGUAAGACCCCCUAGCCUGCUACAUGGAAACCAAACUGCGUGGGGAAGACUCACAGCCUCACAUGGAAAAAUCAUACUCAGUGGGUAAGACUCACUAGCCUGCUAGCAUGGAGAACACAUACUGCAGUGAGGUAAACUCCUAGCCUCUAGCAGGGGAACCUACUGCUGAGGUAACUCACUAGCCUGCUAGCAUGGAAACCAUACUGCGUGAGGUAAACUCACUACCUCUAGCAUGGAAACACAAUGCUGAGGUAAGACCACUAGCCUGCAGCGGGAGAACUCAUACUGCAGUGAGGUAAGACUCACUACCUCUACAGGGAAAACACAUCCCCUGAGGUAAAAUCCUCCCCUGCUAGCAUGGAAAACUCUACUGCCUGAGAAAGACUCACUAGCCUGCUAGCAUGGAGAACCCAUACUGCAGUGAGGUAAGACUCCUGCCUGCAGCAUGGAGAACCAUCUGCGUGAGGUGACCACUCCUGCUACAUGGAAAAAUCAUUCAGUAAAGGUAGACCACUAGUGUAGUUUUUACGGGGGUUUUUCAAAACACUUAAGAGGGACCAUUAAGGACAGUAGAAACACUAAAUGGAAAAAAAAUUCUUCUGACCUUUACAAACACCACUAACCCAGUUAUGGGCACCUAUCAAUAUACUGCUCUGAUCCAGUUCACCAGAAACACCACUAACCAGUUAUGUGCACCUAUCAAUAUACUGCUCUGAUCCAGUUCACCAGAAACACCACUAACCCAGUUUGCAACACCCGCCCUGAUACCUGUUCCUGCCCCUUAUUGGUUGCAGGGAAAAACGACCAUGACAUCCUUCCACCCCACUCCGGGGGCCCGUACAGAUGUGGGUACCGUACUAACGGACCUCUCAUCAGCCCUCCUUCAGAACCUGUUAUAAUAGACAUCGGUGAGUCCCCCCAACACACCAAAAGGCCCCUAUUCCCCUUUUAUCACAACUUUAGAAAAUAAAACCCCAUUCCCUAUUAGGCAUAUUUAGCCAAGAAUGGGACCCUAUUCCCCUUUUAGUGCACUACUUUAGACCAGAGAAAAGGCACCCUUUCCCUAUAUAGUGCCCUCUUUUGACCCAAAAUGGCACCCUAUUCCCUAUUGCCUACUUUAACCCGAGAAAGGGCACCCUAUUCCCCCUUUUAGUGCACUACUUUAGACCAAGAAAGGCACCCUUUCCCUAUAAGUGACUACUUAGACCCGAGAAUGGCACCCUUUCCCAAUUGGCACACUUUAGACCAAAAAAAUGGGACCCUAUUUCCCCUUUGUGACUACUUUUUGACCAGAGGGAAAUAUUUUCCAUUUGGGACGAUCAACAUAUUUGUCAUCUAGGUUCCCCUUUCUUUGGUUUUGGAUUUAACGGUGCCUUCUUUGUCCUCUUUGCCGGCGCCUUCCCCUUUGUCCCCUUUGGGUGCCCCCGUCUUUUGCCGCUGCCUUCUUUGUCUUUGCCGGUUGUUUCUUUUCCGUCUUUGCUGCUUCUUUUGCCUUCUGCGCUGGCCCUUUUCCCGUCUCUUUGCUUUCUUUCCUUUGUCUUUGCCUGCCUUUCCCCUUUGUCUCUGCCGGUCCCUUCUGUCUUUUGCCUGUCUGGGUCUCCGGUUGCUGUCUCCCGGGCCCCCCCUUCUUUGUUGUUGGGUUUUUGUCGUCUGUUUCUGCUGCCUGGUCUGUCUGGGGCUGUCUGUCUGUCCUGCUGUCUGUCUGUCUGUCUGUCUGUCCCCAGAGCCAACGUGAGUGCGGGAGCUGGUGGUGUAUUCUCUGAGCCCGACGGCAGUCAUCCUGUCGUGGCAGAGACCGUACCACGUGGCGUUCAGGAAGUACGUCCUGCAGACAUUCUUCUUCAACCCUGUCACGCUGGCCUCUGAGUGGACCACGUACUACGAGAUCGCUGCUACUGCCUCAGUCAUCGCAUCCGUG